UGAUGUAUGGUAGAUUAGAUAUCAGAAUAGUCAGAUAUGCCAUUUUCCGGGGGUGGGAGCUCUUUGUGUUUCUACUGCGCCCGCAAUUUCAACCAGAAGCGCGUUCACUAAAAUUUUGGAGGCAAAAUCAUUGAGCAAAAGAGCCAUAUGACCAUGCAGAAAGAAAGACGAAAUUAGUAAAACUUUGAACAAGGUUUUACACGUGUUGGUGGCGAUUUCGGCAGUUUUUGUGUUACACAAGUGAUAUGCCAGUCGCUACUAGUCGAAUGUCUGGGGACCGAGUGGUUGUUCCCCCAGAAAACUUAGAGAAUGCAGGCAAAGACAUAGAUGAGUAUUUGGCCUCAGACAGAAGAUACCCUGAAUUAGCUGAUCAAAUAGGCGUAUUUUCGCAAGCUAACGUUGGAUUAAGUGGCGUGAACGAUUUUGACUAUCCUGCAAUAUCAAGUAUUUCCGAGGGUCUGGCAAACGUCCCGCUGAUAUCAACAGUUAAACAUGUUCCAUUACCAUCAGAACUCGUCGAGCAAUUUUCCUAUAUGCAAUGCAAUUGCCAGAUGGGUUUAUUUCCAGAAAUUCGGAGAGCUUGGUUAUCCAUUGAUAGUGACAUAUUUGUGUGGAAUUAUGAAGACGGAAGUGAUCUGGCCUACUUCGAUGGUUUAAGUGAGACUAUUUUAAGUGCUGGACUGGUGAAGCCCAAACCAGGAAUAUUUCAAGAACAUAUAAAGUUUCUUCUUUGUCUUACAACCCCUGUUGAUGUCGUUCUUCUUGGUGUCAGCUUCAGCGAAAACGCAGACUCGGGUUCAGAUGAAGAGUACCACGAGAUGCACCUGCUACCUGAGCCCUUAUUUACUCUACAAACUGACAAUGUUUACAUGUCCGGUAUAACUGGAACAUUCGAAGGAAGGAUAUUCCUGUGUGGGAGAGAUGGUUGUCUAUAUGAAAUGGACUAUCAGGGUGCUGGCAACUGGUUUGGAAAGAAAUGCAAGAAAAUUAACCACUCGGCGAGCUCUCUGUCAUUUCUUGUUCCAUCAUUUCUCAGUUUUUCAUUUAGUGGUGAAGAUCCCGUUGUCCAACUAGCAGUUGAUAAUACUAGAAAUAUAUUAUACUGUCGGACUGAGAGAGGAUCUAUUCAGGUUUUUGACUUGGGAAAAGAUGGCACAAAGACUUCUUAUGUGACUUGUUGUUAUGAGGAUAAUAUCGUCAAUAAAGCAGCCAGCAUGUUAAGAAGCAUCGACAGAACACGUCUUAAGCCUAUUGUUCAUAUCGCACCUAUUUCAACAAACGAAUCUCAACUUGUUCAUUUGGUUGCUAUCACGCAAUCGGGUGUUCGACUGUAUUUCAUGACCACAACAGCAGAACGGUUUGAGGAACGUCCUUCAAAACUGUCGUUGGUACAUGUUCGCAUGCCCCCUGGCUGCGCUCCUUCUGCUCGACUUGAAAGACCAUUUAUGGUUCAUGCUGCUUAUUACAGACAAGGAAUUGCUCUGUUAUGUUCGUCUCCUAACGAAGAAAAUGAUGUGUUAUGGAGCAUCAGUCCAGAAAUUUUCCCUUUUCAAAAAAAUUUACAAGAAUCGUCGGUCAACACUCCACUUGAGGGUAGGGCUUGGGCCCUACACGAGGUUCCCGAAGCAAUGUAUCCCAUGCUGCCCUCCCCAGUCCCCAUGAAAUGGCCCGAUCCACCCACAGUAGUUACCCAGCAUGCACUACCGUCAAGAAAAUUCGUCGUGUUAAGUGCCCAGGGCUCUUAUUUGUUUACAACCAUUCGUCCAUUCGAACAACUCAAACAUCUCCUGCUUGAUAACAAUGGCCCGGACUCAGAAGCUGUACAAGGAUUCUUUAGGCUAUUGCAGGUGGAUCACGCAUGCGCAACUGCCCUUGUUCUCGCAUGUUCAACGACAGAUCUUGAAAUUGCAGACUGGGCGACACAGGCGUUCUUCAGAUAUGGCGGUGCAACAGUCAGUUAUCCUGUGAUGACACUUGAAAAUCCUGCCGAAAAAAGAGGUCAACCCUUGAGGCGACAAUAUCCAAGUCAAGCACAUGAAACUGGAAUGUCGCCCGAUAUGAGCUAUAUUCCACCUACACCAGUUCCUGGCAGGAGUCAUGGCGGCAGUUACCUAGCAACACCUGCAACAAGGCAGCCUGCAACUCCUGUUCAAAAUCCCCAGUUGCAGUCAACUCCAUACGCGUCUACCGUGGGGUCGGGUGUCGUACAACCUGAAGCUUUGAAAUCAGGAAGAAUAGCUGGAUUAUAUCUUCACAUCGCAAGGAUAUUAGGACCAUUAUGGGAUGAAAGAUUAGUGAUCCAAGAAGAUCGGGUUUUACCAGAGCCCCCGAACAACUGGAUUUACAGUCGUUUAACAAGUGAUCAAAUUGGUUGGUUUGUUGAACAACUUCAAAAGCUUGAAAAAUGGCUGGAUGCUAACAUGACUCAUUUUGCCGGCGUCCGAUCGCCUCUUGGUUCUCACGUACAACGGCGCGUUGGUACUCCAUUACAAACUAGUCAAUUAGGACCUGGUAAUACCGAAGCAGAUACUGUAAACACUCUGCGCCAUUUGAUAAGACGUAGUCGUGAAGUGUUGUCAUUGUGGCAGAUCUUAGAUGAUAACGAAUUCCAUCUUGUCGUGCAACGGUUAUCCCAGGAAUCACGUGACCGCCUCAACUUUCUAAAGUUUCGUGAUUUUGUGCUUUCGGGCAAUGUGGUAUGCAAUCAACUCAUCGCCUCAUUAAUAACGUGCUUUUUGGAUGACAAUGCAACCACAGAUAUAAUAAGUACUCAAUUACGAGAUUUAUGUCCAACAAUAUACACUACAGAUGAUGCCGUGUGUACCAAGGCUAAUGAAUUGCUCGAUACAGCUAAAAAAGCCACCGACAAAUAUGAAAAGGAACGAACAUUGCAAGAAGCGACAAGGCUUUACCGUCAAGUUGCAAAUCAAAUUGAUUUAGCAUACAUCUGUGGUCAGUUUGAAGAAUUACGUUUUUUCGAUGGUAUCGUUGAACUAGCCGUUCUUACAGCUUCAACAAUAGAUCCUCAGAAUCUUGCUCUUCAUUAUUACGAAAGUGGUCAACCAGAACAACCUGGUCCACCGUAUGAUGCCUUUCUGAAAAGGCAACGCUGUUACAACUGUGUUUUGGAUACACUAACUCAUCUUUUGACCACGCGUCAAUCACGUGCUAAUGCUCCAAAUGUCCCCAGCAGACCUGGUCCUCCAAUACCACCGGAUGGGAAUGCGUUAACAUCUGAAGAAGCCGAACGUUAUCUUGAGGGAACAUUAGUAAUGGCGUUGAGAUCACGUGAUGAACUGUUUUUAUCCUCCGUUUUUGAUUGGUUAAUUGAAAAGAGUAUGACUGAAAGGCUACUUGAGGUUAGAUCCGAGUUUCUAGAGACAUACUUAAAACGACUAGCCGCAAUACAGCACCCGAAUAACAUUCCAGUGCUAGAUCUUCUUUGGAAAUAUUACGAGAAAACUGAGAAUUAUUCUGGAGCAGCUCGAAUAUUGUGUAAGCUUGCUGAACGAGAAGGAAGUGAUAUAAAUUUGGAAGGGCGACUAGAAUAUUUAUCUCGUGCUAUCAUGAGCGCCAAAAGUUGCAACGUUCGACCUUCAAGUAUUUCAGACGGUGAAUUUUUACAUGAGCUGGAAGAGAAGUUGGAGGUUGCAAGAUUACAACUACAAGUGCAUGAAGAGUUAGUUCAACUGAAAGACACAGGAAGAUAUCCAAAUGUCAAUGAUGCAUUGGAUGAGUUGAAUUCGAAGCUUAUGGAUGUCACCAAGCUUUACGGUGACUUUGCAGAUCGUUUUCGUCUUUCUGAAUGCAAGCUUGCAAUCAUUCAUUGUGCGGGACAUUUCGAUGCAGUGUUGGUUGAAGAUCUGUGGAAUGAUAUCAUUGAUUCAGAGCUAAACAGAACAAGACAUAGUUCUCCAGAUGAUAGAAUGACCGCUCUGCGCUAUAAAUUCGUUGUUCUUGGAAAGACGUAUGUUCAUUCGGAGAGAUACUUCCCAUUAAGUUUUCUUGUGCGUGUCUUAGAACAGCAUUGCUGUCGCUUAAAUUGGGAAAGUGUCUGGGUGUUCGAAACACUAUUGGAGAUUGGAGUCGCGCUUCCAGUACUGCAUAGAAUAUACGACCGGUUAUUUAAAGCGAAGGAUCAAAUAUGGCAAACUUUGAGCCAACCAUUCCAUGUUCUCGAGGUCUUGUACAAUCUUAUUUUUAAAUUUGUCGAGACUCCAACUCUUGUUUCUCCUCAAGACAGACCGACAUUUACAGCAACCGUGUACGACGCAUGCGCAACGUACUUGGUAGAGUUACAGUCAAUCAGCUCACGUCAUCCCACAUGUCAAGAACUGAUUGGAUUAUACAAAAGCUUACAGUCUCGCUUGAAGCGUGCUCUUUAAUACCCACGCUCGGCUGCAAUAAAUAACGACUACCUUACAAAGAUGGCGACUUAGUACAUGGUAAUGGUUAAAAUAGUAGCGGAAACUGCAUAGUAUAAAAUAAACAUGUAAAUAACUAUUUUCAUUGUUUGAAACUACCAACUUUUUAUUUACAAUCUUACCCUCGACAUCAAUAAAUAGUUAGUUUAG